ACUGCCAUCACUCGGCCCCCAGCGUGUGAGUUAGAGUGUGGUGCGGGUAGCAAACAUCACGCCUACAGAGAACUCCAUUCUGAAGAUGCGGAGAGCCCUCUAGAGGGGAAGACAAACCUAUCACAGUGCGCUCAUCCUUCACAAUGCUACCACAACUGCUACUGUUUCUGCUCUGGUUCGAAGUGAGGACCGUCAAGGGGCUGCCACAGGCCAUGGUCACGUCCACCCCGCUCCCCCUGAACCUGGCCACCCAGUCUGAGUACCACGACGUCGCCCGGGCCGCAGAGGCUGCUCCAGAGCUGCCCAAACCGGAAAUGUACAGCCUGAGGGUGGAGUCUCGGAUCAAGUCCCGGUACGCCACAACAGUGGUCAGCAGCAGGCUUGCCAACCCCGCCAAUAAGUCCCAGGAAGUGUUCUUCAGCGUGGUUCUACCGGAGACUGCUUUCAUUUCCGGUUUCCUCAUGGAAGUGGAUGGGAAAGUGUAUGAAGCAUACGUGAGAGAGAAAGAGGAGGCGAAGCAGGAGUACGAACAGGCUGUGGCAGGCGGACAGGCCGCAGCACAUGUGGCUAUCAGCGCCCGGGACUCAAACCGGUUCACGGUGUCGGUGAACGUCGAGCCUCGGAAGAAAGCGACGUUCAACUUGACAUAUGAGGAGUUGCUGAUGCGGAGACUGGGCGAGUACAGCCACGUGGUGAACCUGCACCCUGGGCAAGAGGUGCGAGACCUUCAGAUCGACGUCUUUAUCAGCGAAAGCCGGAACAUCACCGCGCUCCACAUCCCGGAACUCCGUUCUGGCAACGAGAUAGAUCCUGAGCAGGACGACAGAGUCAACUCACUGGCCAGGAUUGAGCGGCCAAGUCCCACAGAGGCACAUGUGCAGUUCUCGCCAACAGUGGAGGAGCAGCAUGAGCUGGCCAAGAAGCUAGGUAACAAGAAGGAAGAUGCGGGCCUCAGCGGACAGUUUGUGGUACAGUACGAUGUGGACAGAGACCCUCAGGCAGGUGAAGUUUUGGUUAGUGACGGCUACUUUGUGCACUUCUUUGCCCCGACUGACCUGAAGCCGCUUCACAAGCACGUCGUCUUUGUGUUGGAUGUGAGUGGCUCUAUGGAUGGAAGGAAAAUAGAGCAACUCAAAGAGGCGAUGAUGGCGAUUCUGGAUGACCUCAACAAUGGUGACUACUUCAACAUCGUCGAGUUCUCCUAUUCAGUGACGGUGUGGAACCUAGACUCAACAUCCCAGAGUGCCGUGUUCUCUCCCUUCAACGCAUAUGGAGACAGUCCGAACCCACACCCAGGUGAUAUCCCAGCCUUCCCAGCCACAGACGAAUACAAGAUCAAGGCCAAGGACAUCAUCAAGAAAAUGCGGGCAGGCGGAGGCACCAACAUCCACGACACUCUGAAAACAGCAAUACGUGUGGCACACGAGGGCUUGCAAAACAUAACGACUGAAGACAAGCCAGAGCCCAUCAUCGUGUUCCUGACAGAUGGUGAGCCCACGGUGGGAGAGGUGCGACCAAACAAAAUCCAGGCCACUGUCCGGGAGUUAAACUUUGACCCCGAGGCCUCUAUCUUCAGCCUGGCACUGGGAAUGGAGUGCACGUUGAAGUAA